CGCACUCACACACUCACCCUCUGCUAUUCUCAGUAGGAGUGAGGGAGCAGAGACAGACACCGUUCCCAACCUCUUCUCACUUCGGACCUUUACAUCAUUGCUGUGUGUGUGUGUUUAUUUUUUUUCCUAUCACUAUCUCAAAGGCAAGUUCAUCUUCUGCACUAUCGCUGGCGCAAAAGUUAGUUUUCUUUGCUUUGCCUUUUUGACUUGAAACAGGGAAGAAAAAAAAAUAUGCAUCUCCCUCCGAUUGGGGUAGAAGCCGAGUGCGCAGUCGGCGGAGCUCGGUGAGCACGGCAAUGCCUCGGAUAUGCUGGAGAUUACACCGCGAGGAAUGGCCAAGUCCUAAAUCCGGAAUUGCAUUCAGCUUACACGGCAGAAAUAAUGAUUUGAAGUGAUCAGCGAGCACAGCCGUGCCCGGUGAUGGAUGCGCCGCCUUUUGGGAUUUAAGCAGGGCGGAUGGAGAGCCGUGCGCCCAAGCGCGCCUCUCUCACCGUCUGACUGCUUCACAUCGGCUUUAUUCGGCGUCUGCAUGCCUUCACUCGGAUCUGCAUUUAGUUUCACGUUAACGUCAGGAAUUUGGGUGUCAUUACUGUAAGUCAGGAGGAAAAUAAAAAAAAAAUGUUGAACAACGUUUUGCUGCUGAGCGUUUUGACAGUAACCGGCUUCUCCUCGCGGACGGAGAGCCGCAAAACUUCGAAGGACAUUUGUAAGAGCCGCUGUCCGUGCGAGGAGAAGGAGAACGCUUUGAACAUCAACUGCGAGAACAAAGGAUUUACGAGUGUGAGUUCGUUUCAGCCGCCGCAGAAUAAAAUAAGCCAGCUUUUCCUGAACGGGAACUUUCUCACGAGACUGAACGCCAACGAGUUCGUCAAUUACGGUAAUGUCACGUCUCUCCAUUUGGGCAAUAACGGGUUGCAGGAGAUUAAAACGGGGGCGUUCAAUGGCCUAAAAAACCUCAAACGCCUCCAUUUGAACAAUAACAAUUUGGAAAUUAUAAAAGAAGACACGUUUUCUGGUUUAGAAAGUUUAGAGUAUUUGCAGGCUGAUUAUAAUUAUAUAAGUGCCAUAGAGGCAGGUGCGUUCAAUAAGCUGAACAAGCUCAAAGUCCUCAUACUUAAUGAUAACCUUUUGCUCUCUUUGCCUAACAAUAUAUUUCGAUUUGUGAUGCUGACACAUUUGGAUUUGAGAGGAAACCGGCUGAAGACGCUACCGUUCGCUGGUGUCUUAGAGCACAUAGGCGGCAUUAUGGAGAUACAGCUGGAGGAGAACCCGUGGAACUGUACAUGUGACCUCGUGCCACUCAAGGCCUGGCUGGAUACCAUUGCGGUGUUUGUUGGUGAUGUGGUUUGUGAGACGCCGUUCCGUUUGCAUGGUAAAGAUGUUACACAGCUCAUAAAGCAGGACCUAUGCCCCAGGCGCAGUACCGGGGACUCCACACCACGAGCCAUGCAGCCACCACCUUCUGACCCCCAGCAUCGGGUUCCAGUACCUACAUCACGCACACAUAUUUCACCAACUAGAGCACCUAAGGCAUCCCGACCUCCCAGGAUGAGAAGCCGCCCUACUCCACGGGUUACAUCUGGCAGGGACAAGCAUGUAUUUGGACCAAUCAUGGUUUAUCAGACAAGAUCCCCUGUACCCAUGACAUGCCCGAGUAUCUGUGUGUGCACAUCACAAAGCCCGGACAGUGGACUUAAUGUUAACUGCCAAGAGAGGAAGCUUCACAACAUCUCAGAUUUGCAACCCAAACCGUCAUAUCCAAAGAAGCUACAUUUAACUGGAAAUCAUUUGCAGAUCAUAUACAGAGCUGAUUUGACCGAAUAUAAUACCCUGGACCUUCUUCAUCUGGGGAAUAACAGAAUUGCUAUUAUCCAGGAUGGGGCCUUUGAGAAUCUGACCAAUUUGCGCAGGCUUUACCUCAACGGCAACUAUAUAGAAAGUUUGUCGCAGGCGUUGUUCGCUGGGCUACAGAGCUUGCAGUACCUCUACUUAGAGUACAACAUUAUCAAGGAAAUUUUGCCAAACACAUUUAACUCACUGCACAAUCUGCAGCUUCUUUUCCUCAACAACAAUCUGCUGAGGUCUGUCCCUGACAAUGUGUUUGGGGGCACAAUGCUUACAAGGCUUAAUCUCAGGAACAAUCAUUUCUCACAUCUGCCAGUGAGUGGGGUGCUUGACCAGCUCUCAGCAUUUGUCCAGAUUGAUCUCCAGGAAAACCCAUGGGAGUGCACAUGUGGCAUUGUGCCACUCAAGAACUGGAUGGAGCUGUCCAGCACUAGUGUCGUGGUCAACGAGAUCACAUGUGACUCUCCCUCCAAGCAUGCAGGUCGCCUCCUACGGUCGUUACGCAAUGAUGCAAUCUGCACAGAGAAUGACGAGACUCCGGCACCCGCCACCAAGGCGCCAACCAUUAUCAGCAUUAGCACUGAAGUGACAACUUCCUCUACUGUGACCCCUACAGAAGAAACAGAGCCUGAAACGCACCCAGAAGUACCACUGUCUGUACUUAUCUUGGGCCUGCUUGUUGUGUUCAUUCUGUCAGUGUGUUUUGGGGCUGGCAUCUUCGUCUUUGUGCUCAAACGGCGCAAGGCAGUGGAGAGUGUCCCAGCUACUGCAGCGGCCAAUAGCCUAGAUCUGAGCUCUUUCCAAGCGCAUUAUGGGCACUUUGACACAGAACAAAGCACAGGUAAAAGAGAAGGCCAUGUCUACAACUACAUUCCUGCUGCUGUUGGCCAGAUGUGCCCAAACCCUAUUUAUGUGCAAAAGGAAAAUGAGCAUGUAGCCUACUAUCGCAACCUGAAAGAACUGGGUUUUGGAGCACCACAGCCCAAGAGGGAGGAGUUUGGUCGUAGUCCAACAUACACAAUAAGCACUUUGGAACGUGUGGAUGAGAAAACCCCACAAGGCAGCUGUGAACCCGAGCUGCUUUACCAGAAUGUUGCAGAAAGGGUAAGAGAACUGCCCACUGCUGCUCCCUUCGGCUAUAGUUUUUGCACUCUGCCCAAAAGGCCAUUAGCGCCACCGUACGAGGCUGCAGGGCGGCCCAAUCGGGAGAAACUGAACAAAACUGUCUUGUAUGGGACGCCAAGAAAGCAUGCCGAACAGUUGCUCCCUGCUAAGCUGAAAACAGAGCCGGACUACCUAGAGGUUCUGGAGAAACACACUGCAAUGAGUCAGUUGUAAAAAAAAAAAAAAAACUCUCUUACACACACUCUUUAUUAUCUCUUUAUUGUAACGAAAAUAUGUGUCAUCUACAUUUUCGACCACACAAGACUCGAAUAUCGGACAAUGCAACCUAAAGCCUUUUCAUCUUCAUCUUUCUGAAGUUGUACAAAUUAGUAAGGAAAAAAUAUAUAUAUCUACAAUUUAAAGAUGAUAUAUUAUUUUCUCUAAGGUUUAAAUUAUUUCCUCUACUUGAAACAUAAAGACUGUAGCAAUUAUGGCAAGAAUAUGUAUAAUAAUAAUAAUGCUUAAUGCUAUUUUAUAUGAAGUAUAUAUUUUUUUCUCAGAGAAGGACAAUGUUCUUUUCAGAAGCAGAUAACUGAAUCAUGCGGUGACAUUGCUUUGUUGGUAUUAUGGUGGGAAGUCGGAUAUACAAUAACUGUUCACGUCCACUUCAAUCCUUUUAUUCCAGAAGUGCCUUUGCACUUGAAGAAUUUUAUCUUUGCUUUCUGUGAAUUGAAUUUUUUAUAAGUGCUGUAUUUUAAAAAGAAACUCUGUAACAUAGAAUUAUUUGUCCAUUGCAUUAAA